AUGGAUCGCCGCUAUAGUUCAAGUUCAUCGUCGACCGCAACAGAAACCGCGAAAAAAUCUGCUGUUGGAAACGCUCUUAACAGUUCAAUUCGUUAUCGGAACAGUGCAUCAUCUGACUCAACGGUAACAGCAGCAAAUCAUCGGAAAUCCUUUCCAGCAAGUACAUCGGACGUUGGGACGAGCUUUAAUAGCACAGUUCAGUUUAGAGAUCAAUAA